AUGGGAGGGUGCUUCUCUGGAAAGAAAAACAAAGCAAAUGGAAACCAGAUGUUAGAACGAAUGGCAACAACAGAUGACAGUCUUUAUUACAAGCCAAAGAGCAGCUCUUCUACUUUAAUAUGCUACCGACCUUCAGAUCGUGCUUUUUGGGAUGUGAAAAUUAAUACAGAUUUCAUGUUCCAAGCUGGAGCUUUAUUUGGAAAAAUAAAAUCAGGUCUAUAUAUUUGUAUUGGAGGCGUAGAAAAUGGGGAAAUUGCUUUCCUUUUAGAUAUCAUUGAACGAAAAACUAGCCAAAUUAAUGGGCCACCCAUGAGUUUGGCAUAUGGGAGAUGCCACACAUAUCAAAACAAGGUUUAUGUAAUUGGAUCGCUAUGCAUUGAAGCUGAUGGCUUAGAAAAGCCUGCGCCACCACUGGUAUAUGAUGUAAAAACUAAUAAAUGAUCAGAAUUGCCAAAAAUACCUGUAAAUCUAUCAUUAUGUGGGAGCUUUAUUAUAGGAAAAGGGUUAAAUUUAAUAGGAGGAUUUCUAAAUUAUCCAAAUCAGCCUACUCCGUUUGGGUCAAUGCUGAAGCUUGACUUGGAAACACACGAAUGAGCUCAAAGCAGCAUUACAACGCCUCCGUUGCAUGGACUUCCCUCUUGUGUAGUUUUGACAGACACUGCAGUCAUGAUUAUUGGAGGGCAUGACCCUUGUGAGCAUUAUUCUUCAGAUGAAUCGAAAAAUACUUAUAUGUUUAAUGGUAGAGAAUUUCAAGCUUUAUCUGACUUACCUACUGUAGGGCAGCUGAGAUUUUCUGAUACUCCUUUAUAUGCUAAACAAGAAGUUUUGCUGUAUUCUGAUGACGAAACUUUAUUUACAUAUGAUUUAAAUAGCGGAUCUUGAAGCUAUUUUGACAUUGAAGAAAAAAUGACUGGAAAAGAUCCUCCGGUUUUAUCAAAUAGGGAAAAAGGGAAAUAUGUGUAUCAUUUUUGCCAAACUGAAUGCGAAAUUUUAUACCUUUUUCAUAGUUUUUAAUUUAAUUUAAUGGAUAAAAUAGAAUUUCUUUAUUAUUUUCAGACAUCGGCUUAAAUAAUCAAAUCAUUUUAUUAUCCUUAAAAAAUCUAAGUCAUGGUUUGAUAGGUUUUCUAUUUUAGAUUUUAAUUUAAUAGGAAAUAAAAAAAUAAAGACAAGGAUAAUUUGCAUAAUAAAUAGCUAUUUAUGCAUUAAGGAAUAGAAUAUAACUUAGACAACAAAGCAUCAAGAAAAACUGGACCUGCAAGUUUCCAUAAUUUUUACAAAUACACAGGACUUUGCAUUCUUGGAGAUGGAAGGCUGAUGUUUGCAGGAGGUCUCAAAGAAGACGCUCCAGAAGGUACAGUUUCUUGUUGGACUCUAGAUCCUCAAUCAAGGCAUUCAGAAAAUAUUGCAGAACUAAAAUAUAAGCAAUACGGGUUAAGAUUAGUCCCAGUAGGACGUGAAAUAUAUGCUGUAGCAGGGGUAGAAAUUAUAGACCCCAACACAUCUCAAAGCCGCUGCCAAAAAUAUUUAUUAGAUUCAAACCAAUGAAUUGACAUUGAGCCUUUGCCUUCAACUACCUUUUUACCUGGAGCUUGUCAUAUGGCUGGAAGAAUAUUUUGUAUAGGAGGAUAUGUUGAAGAAGUUGGGUCUGUUAAUUUAUACUUAAUUCAAGCCUAUUCAAUGGCUCAAAACCACUGGGAUAUUUUAUCCGUUGAGUAUCCAUUUGGGGUUUCAAGCCUCGGGGUUGUUGCACUUCCAAGUAAUAAAUUAUUGUGUUUUGGAGGAAAAUGCCAAAAUGGAACAAAAAUUCCGAAUACUUAUAUUUUUGAUGGAUUAAAUUUCCAAUAUAUUAAUGAUAUACCAAUCCCAGAAGACGGUUCAGAAUCUACUAUAUUUUUUGACCCAAUCGUGACGAUUGGUAGCAAGAUUUAUGCAUUUUCAAAAAAUAAAUACCUUUAUUGUUUUGAUUUUGGCAGUCAAAGCUGGAACAUAGAAAUGCCUAAUUUAAGUGUUAGAGUUUAA